AUGGGCUGGAACGUUACCUCUACGGCGAAAACCGGUGAUUUUACAGUUCCGGGCAGGCAGUUAAUUCUGAAGGAAAAAACAACGCGAAAACUGAUGAAACAUUCCACUGCCUUUCCCUCCCGACCUCUCAGCAGAGUGGUUGUGACCGGCGGUACCCACGGUGACGAGCUGGGAGGAGUCUGUCUGGUGAGGGAGUGGCUGAGGCAGGGUGACGCCCCCUUUCUGCACCGGCGCAGCUUCAGAGCUCAGACACUGCUAGCCAAUCCGAGAGCAACCAAGCAGAACAGGAGCUACCUGGAGACAGACCUGAACAGGUGCUUCACAGCAGAGAUAUUGAGCUCUUGAAAUUGGUCCCCAGCCCACAGGACUAA